CUGAUCCUAAGCUCGUAACCGCUCUGUGUGCACAGGCAACGCCCGAUCAUACACAGGCCAACUGCCACAGCGCUGCUAAGGACCGGUCUGUUUCUAGACAGGUGCACACACAUACACAGGCAUGCACACCCUCUGCAGCUCACCCUAAGGGCGUAGACGUUCUGUGAGUACAGGUAACGGCUGAUCAUAAACAAGCCAACGGCCACAGCGCUACUAAGGACCAGUUUGUUUCUAAACACACGCAUAUACACAGGCAUGUGAACCCUGUCUAGCUGACCCUAGGGUCAUAACAGCUAUGUGUGAACAGGUACGGGAUGACCAUACAACCCUGUGAGCUACGGCUCUAAAGACCGCUGAAACACUCAACAAGAGACCAUUUAUAUGCAACGCUGAUCAUACAGCUAUUGUCUGCAACCAGCCUGUGUCUGCACACUCUCACCCUCAGCAUCAAGGCAUGUUAUGACUGAGUAGCCUAUCUCUGCUAAGCACCAUGAAUCCUAAGGGAAAGCCUUUUGCUGUUAGUCAUGCCUCCCCGUCUCCUCCCUCAGCCUCCCCCUUCCCUUCGCUGUAACCGUCCAACCGGGCGAGCUGACGUCUCCUCCCUCUAGCUAAACGUCUCCUCUCUCAGCCUCCCCCUUCCCUGCGCUGUAACCGUCCAACCGGGCGAGCUGACGUCUCCUCCCUCUAGCUAAACGUCUCCUCUCUCAGCCUCCCCCUUCCCUGCGCUGUAACUGUCCAACCGGGCAAGCUAAACGUCUCCUCUCUCAGCCUCCCCCUUCCCUGCGCUUUGACCGUCCAACCGGGCGAGCUGACGUCUCCUCCCUCUAGCUAAACGUCUCCUCCCUCAGCCUCCCCCUUCCCUGCGCUUUAACCGUCCAACCGGGCGAGCUGACGUCUCCUCCCUCUAGCUAAACGUCUCCUCUCUCAGCCUCCCCCUUCCCUGCGCUUUAAUUGUCCAACCGGGCGAGCUAACGUCUCCUCCUGUAGCUCCAUGUCUCAUCCACCACCGCCUUCCCCUUUUCCGAUGCAGGAAGGCUACCAGCAGGAGUGUUCUUGCACACAAAAAACGUAACAUGCUUAGGCGUAAUCUUUGUUCUACAUAGCGCUGCGCCUGUAUCAUGGCUAACGCUGGUGUCUCCUACUGUGCUAGAUUGAAAGAAUAUGCAGAUACCAAGAGGUGUACGGUUCAAUACAGCGUCAGCGGACCGCAUCAUAUGCCGAUGUACACGGCCAAGGUCUGUAUACAGGGCGCUGCGUAUCAUACAAAAGAAGCCACGGGUACCGGUACCACAAAAAAGGCAGCCAAAAACCAAGCGGCGGGUGCUUUGCUUGCCCUGAUACGGAAGUCUGACCACCCGGACGUAGGGGAUGUGGUUGUAGAGCUAAAGGAACUAUGCCUUCAGAACGGAUGGCCUCAGCCUCAGUAUAGUGACACCACUCGCAAUGGUACCCACAUCUGCCAUUGUUACAUUACCUCGACCUUAGGCGGAUUUAUGGUGCAAGGUCUCGGACCAACCUGGACACUUGCGAAGCUUGACGCGGCGGAGCAAGCGCUACGAAUCGCCAAGGCCUGCACCUACCAAGACCCGGAGGAGAGUACGUGCCAUCGGCCCAGGGAGCAAGCCUAGUGAAGGACGUCAUGUCCGGCCUUCCCUACACCAACUGCACCGCACAUGACGGGUCCACAACACCAUGUCAAGCUUAUUGUACAUGGAGCGUGGUUAUGAUAUACCUAGCGUUGUGUCUGUUUCUGUGCAUGUUCGGGGUCUACAUACUGUACGUAUUGUGUGAUAAACAAAGACGCUACAGCAGACUACCUUUGAUAACUGUAUGAUAAUGUUCGAGAUGAUGCCAAUAAACACGUGUACAACCAAUACCUGUAUCUGUGUCUUUCAUGAGGUACUAUCUACAAUCUAAGACCACGGUUGGUCCGGGUAAACGGUACAUGGAGACAGGAUGAACAGAGCUACUGCCGGUUACAAUGUCAC